CUUGAUGCUGACUCAGCAGCUGCAGGCUUGGGAGUCAGCCAGGGGCGGACUGACCAUUUGGAAACUCGAGCACUGCCCGAGGGCCCGGGGUCAGUAGGGGGCCCCAUGAGAUGCCUCUGGUACCUUUUUCAUAGGCUUUUUUGUGUUUGGGCAAGGACACAGGGGCCCCAUGAUCCCCUAUUACCUGGGAGGCCCCAUGAGUUGUCAGUCCGCCCCUGGACCUAGUCCCUUGCAACAUUUUUUCAGCCCAUUUUCAUGCAAGCAGGCACAG